AUGGCGCCUCACGCAGACGAAACUCCGUCGGGCCGUAAUAGUGGCGAGAAUGAGCACGGCAACGGUCAUAGUGGUGACCGGAACGUGCCCAGAUCGGGCGACUACCUCCAAUUCGAGUCCCUCCCGCCCGGCGGCCCGCUCAACCGCUGGUCCCAGGUGUUGACGAGAGGCCAUGAUUUCCCCGGCGCCCAGGGACAUGAUGAAGAAUGCGCCACAUGUGGGCAUCGCCACCGUGUGGUGGGAGGGGAAUCCGUGCAAGGGUACGGCUUUUACCGUAUGACGGCUCACGUCGGGACAGGCAUGAAGUUCUCGCUCCAGUCGAGAGAAAUUAUCGCCGACAGCAUCGAAACGGUUACCUGUGCUCAACGGCAUGAUGCCAACAUCAGCAUCCCGGGCUGCGAUAAGAACAUGCCAGGCGUCGUGAUGGCGGCUGCGCGCCACAACCGGCCGUUCCUCAUGAUCUACGGCGGCACCAUCCGCAAGGGCCACUCCAACCUCCUCGACAAGCAGAUCAACAUCUCGACAUGCUACGAAGCCGCUGGCGCUUUCGCCUACAACCGCCUAGAAGCCAAGUGCAAGAAGCCCUCGGGCGCCGACGCGACCCCGAGCGACGUCAUGGAGGACAUCGAGCGACAUGCAUGCCCUGGCGCGGGCGCUUGCGGCGGCAUGUACACAGCCAACACCAUGGCCACAGCCAUCGAGGCCAUGGGUCUGACUCUACCGGGAUCCUCGUCCUUCCCGGCCACAUCCCCCGAGAAACGCCGCGAGUGCGAGCGCGCCGCCGAGGCCAUCCGCACCUGCAUGGAGAAAGACAUCCGGGCGCGCGACCUCAUGACGCGCUGGGCCUUCGAGAACGCUCUCGUCGUAACUAUCGUCCUCGGCGGCAGCACCAACGCGGUCCUCCACUUCCUCGCCAUGGCCAACUCAGCCGACGUCCCCCUCACCCUCGAAGACAUCGCCCGCACCUCCAACCGCACCCCCUUCCUCGCCGACCUGGCUCCCUCCGGCCGCUACUACAUGGAAGACCUCUACGACGUAGGCGGCACCCCCGCCGUCCUCAAAAUGCUCAUCGCCGCCAACCUCAUCGACGGCAGCAUCCCCACCGUCACGGGCAAAACCCUCGCCGAGAACGUGCAAUCCUGGCCCUCCCUCCCCCCCACGCAAACCAUCCUCCGCCCGCUCUCCAACCCCAUCAAACCCACCGGCCACAUCCGCGUCCUCCACGGCAACCUCUCCCCCGGCGGCGCCGUCGCCAAGAUCACCGGCAAGGAAGGCCUGUCCUUCACCGGCUCCGUCCGUGUCUUCAACAAAGAACAAGCCCUCAGCGACGCGCUCGCCCAAAACACCAUCCGACCCGACGCCGGCAACCUCGUGCUGGUCGUCCGCUACGAGGGCCCCAAGGGCGGCCCCGGCAUGCCGGAGCAGCUCAAAGCGAGCGCGGCGAUCAUGGGCGCGGGGCUGACCAACGUGGCGCUGGUGACGGACGGGCGGUACAGCGGCGCCAGCCAUGGGUUUAUCGUGGGCCAUGUAGUGCCGGAGGCGGCGGUGGGGGGCCCGAUUGCGCUGGUGGAGGAGGGGGAUGUGGUGACGAUUGAUGCGGUUGGGAACCGGAUUGAUGUGGUGGAGAUUCCGGGGGUGGGCGCCGGUGGGGACGUGGUGGGGAGGGAGUUGGAGCGGCCGGAAGGAAGGGCGUGGUCGCCGCCCAAGAUGAAGCCCACGCGUGGCGUGCUGGCGAAGUAUGCGAGGUUGGUGGGUGAUGCGAGUCAUGGCGCGGUGACGGAUGUGGGGGGGUCGGCGUGGUGA